AUGCUAAAAAGGGAUAAGAAACAAAAGGCUGAUAAAAUAGUGUAGACCAAUAUGGAAGAAGAUCCAAGAGAAUUCUAUUUAAUUGACACAUAAGAAGAAGUAAGUGGAUACAUUUUGGAAAGAUUGAGACAAUAACCAAUUAUUUAAAUGAAGAAAGUCUCUUUUGAUAAAGAACAUGGAAAUACUAUUGACAGUGUUCCUAUUAAUAUUAAAUCUCAUGUCAAAUCAGAAAAUGAAUUGUACUUUGAAUUACAAUAUUAAAACCCUAACUUGUUAACAUCUUAUUAUCCCUUCUACUUUUUAAGAGAACGAUUCCCUAAAUUAUUGAUUGAAUAUUAUAAAAAUAAUAGUGUUUUAAUAUUGAAAUGA